AUGGCGCUCGAGGUGUUGCCGGAGAUCGUGAAGAGCAUCCGCCGACAGUCGGAGCGCUGGCCUCAGUAUGAUGGCCAUGACACGAUGAAGUUGAUCGAGCUGCGCGAGGUCAUCAACGCCGUUUGCGACAGCUACGAUGUCCCGUACCUGCCAGAGCUCAAGAGCCUGGAGGAGGAGGAUUUGCAAGCCGCUGCCAUUGUGGAGAAGCACGGGCCAGGCCCGAAGGACAACGUCAAGAAACUCAAGGAAAUCAAUAAUGUGAUUAUUGUCGCACUUUCAACGUGUCUCACCGGAACAGCUCGCUUAGUCUUGAGUGGCCUUAGGAAGGAAAUCAAGAGCGGCCAUGGUCGUGGAAUGAUACUACACGACUGGAUUGAUCGAACUGACAUCGAUCUGGAGGCGCUGGAGAGCGUGUUUGCGCAAGCUGAAGCUGAUUUGGUCACCACGAAGCUGCAGAGUCAACAUGAUCUGAGCAACUACCGGCGCAAGAUUGACCUGACAGUGUCGACGCUGCGGAUGAGCAGCAGGCUUGUCGAGGAGGACACGGUCAAGAAGUUGGUGAGCAACCUGCCCACACAAGCGCGUGUCUACGUGGAGGACAAGAUGGAAACCCUGGAUGACAGCAAGAAGAAGAUGGUGACAUUUUGGACCAUCCUCAAGAGGGCAGUGAUGUGCAUGCCAGAUGUGCCUAUGGAGCGCGAGGAAGCCUACUACGCCCAAGGAGGGCGCGGCCGCGGUGGCCGACAGAGGUACGCUGGGCAAGGCAAUUAUGGCCGUGGUCGUGGAAAACACGGUGUACGUCGUGGUGGAUCCAAUAGGAAGCAUGAGCCGGAGGGCAAGGACUUGCACCGGUUCAACGGCAAUUGUCACUACUGCAAGGGCUAUGGCCACAAGAAAGCAGACU